GGCCUGCCUGAAUUUUUUCCCAGAAGGCGGAGUUAAGGGGUCCUUAAUCUCUCUUUUCUGCCGUACCUGCCAUCUUGUAAAGUCCGAGGUGAUCAGGCAUCAUGACGAACACCAGAGGCAAGAGGAGGGGGACCAGGUACAUGUUCAGCAGGCCGUUCCGUAAGCAUGGCCCAGUUCCCUUGUCCACAUACAUGCGCAUCUACAAGAAAGGAGAUAUUGUUGACAUAAAGGGCACAGGUACUAUUCAGAAAGGUAUGCCUCACAAGUGCUACCACGGCAAGACAGGACGUGUUUACAACGUAACCCAGCAUGCUGUUGGCAUCAUUGUCAACAAGCAGGUCAAGGGCAAGAUCCUGGCCAAGAGGAUUAACGUGCGCAUUGAGCAUGUGAAGCACUCAAAGAGCAGAGACAGUUUCUUGCAGCGCGUCAAAGAAAACGAGAAGAAGAAGCUGGAGGCCAAGGAGAAAGGCACCUGGGUGGAACUGAAGCGUCAGCCUGCUCCUCCUCGUGAGGCUCACUUUGUCAGCACCAAGAAAAAUGAGCCACAGCUGCUGGAGCCCAUUCCCUACGAGUUCAUGGCCUAAAGUGCUUACAGAAUAAAAACAAGUAUUUGUACA